AUGGACCAUAGCAACUCGCCGUCGCGUCGUCAGCCAGAACUCCCUUUUGCAUAUUUCGCCAACAUCAAGGACCGUUGUGUCGACAUCAAGCACAUCGCGAUCCAGAAGUCCGCAGACAUGCGGAGAAAUCCAGCGUUUUCGUUCUCCUAUAUUUCCCUCACGACCCCUAAGUUACCUGGCGCCCUCGCGCCGCAGGGCAACGUAACCUGCUGUGAAAAAAAGGCCUACACCAUGCUGGCCCUUGAGUGGGUUGAGAAAUCGCCGAGCUUCUGGCGGUAUGUCGGUUUUGAGGAAAGCUUGAGUAAACCUGAUAAGAGUGUGACGACGUUACUCUAA